GACCCGAAGAGCGCGCCCCCGAGCGCACCGCCGCCCCCCCGCCCGCCGCGCCUGCCGGCGGACUGGAGCGCGCUCUGGUGCGAGGAGCGCAAGGCUUAUUAUUUCUGGCACCUGCCCAGCAACCAGACCUCCUGGGAGCCGCCCCCCGCGGCCGCCGAGGACGCCGUCCAGGGGGCCGAGCCGGAGGCGGAGCAG